GUUUAUUUUCUGCUGCUAUUUUAUACAUUCCUUCAUCUCACAUUUUUCUAAUCCCUCAUCAUCCCAAUUAAAAAACAAUUCACAUUGACAAUGUCUUUGUUCUCUAAGCUAUCAAAGAACAAUGAUAAAACACUUUAUCCAUGGUCACAAAAAAAAUUAGGCGGUAGUAAUAGUGCGUUACCAAGAGUAGGCCAUGCCGCUGCCGCUGUUUCAUUAGACGCCUUCAUCAUUUAUGGCGGUAUCCACAGAACCUCAACAAAGAAGGAACUCUUCUCGAUCGAUGCCAAUAGUCAUUCAGCAAAUAGUAUCAAUGCCUCGGGCGAUCUCCCUAGCUCGAGAAUCUCGCCUGUCAUCGUAGCGAUGAAUGGAUAUGUGCUGCUUUAUGGCGGAAAACCACUCGUUCCUGACGAAAAGUAUGAUGGAGGUUUCUAUCUUUUAAAUUUACAUUCUAAACAGUGGACUCGUAUACAAAUGGAAGGAAAUCAUCCUGUAGAGAGAUCAGGACAUUCUGCUGUUGCACAUGAUGGAAUCAUGUAUAUAUGGGGUGGUCAAAACGAAGGAAACUAUUUUAAUGAUUUAUUUAUAUUCAAUUCCAGCACAUUCAAGACAACACCUACAUGGGAGAAACUAAACUACAAUAACGAUGGCCCUGAACCUAGAUCAGGUCAUAUCUCGGCAAUUUAUGAGAAUAAACUCUACAUUUAUGGAGGUACCGACGGACAUCGUAUUUUCGAUGAUAUUUGGUCAUUUGAUUUACAUACUGGUUUAUGGUUAAAGAUCGAUGCUGAUGGAUAUACUCCCGCUGCUCGUGAAAGUUGUGCCGCCGCCAUUGUGGAUGAUGUUAUUUACAUUAUCGGUGGUAAAGGUGAAAAGGGUGCCGAAUUAAAUGAUUUAUGUGCUUAUAAGAUUAAGCAUCAUCGUUGGUUUCGAUUCCAGAAUAUGGGACCGUCCCCAUCUGCUCGUCAUGGACUUACCAUGACAGCCGUAAGAGAGAAGCUUUAUGUUCUUGGCGGUGAUAAUGAAACUUCCAGAUUGGAUGACUCUUCCCUAUUAUUCAUUUUGGACAGUACAAAAAUCAAAUACCCUACCGAUAUCCCACCACCAGUACAACAAGCACCAUUGCCUGUGCCACAACAUGCAUCUGCGGAUCCAUCCAAUAACCAACAUAAUUAUGAUACUGCGUCCCUCGAAGAUAUAAGUGGACGGCAACAAUAUUAUCCACCACAACCGCAAAAAGCAGGACAGGCGCCUCAACAACAGCAGUUCCAACAACCAUACCAACAACAUUAUCCUGAUCAAAGACAACCCAGAUUAAACCAACCACCAUCUUCUCCUCAACAGCAACAACCUCAACGUAGCUUGACAACCAAUCCCAAAACAGGAAAUGGUUUGCAUAAAGAAAUUGAUACAUCCAUGAAUUAUUCAGAGAAUAACGUUCAACCUUCUCCUACAAGCAGCAGUAGUCCAAGCAGUUUAACUUCUCCACGUCAUAGAUCAUAUUAUCCCGAAAACCAGAAUCAAUCUUUAACCCAGCCUCCUGUUCGACCUCCUCGACAUAUGUCAACUGUUCCUGAAGCCGCUCUUCGUCGUCCUCGUGCUACAUCCCCUCUCCCUCAAGCUGAAUCCGAAAUUGCUGCAGACAUCCGUCGCCAAUAUCAAUCUCCUACCUCUCCCAAUCUCGACACAAUCCACAACACCGCUGUUCAAGCUGCUACUGCCGCCGCCACUGCUGCAGCUCAAGAAGAGCGACAGUCUUUGAUGCGUGAAAUUAAGGCACGCGAUAUGAUCAUUAGCGAGAUGAAAAAGAAGGAGAACUGGUGGCGAACAGAAGUUUCGCUUGCUCGUAAGCAACGAUCUAACAAGGCUUUAUUGAUGGACAUUGAUCAUAUUGAAGAGGACAAGGUCAAAUUGUUUGAACAGCUGGUCUCUGUCAAAUCCGAAUUAAGACGUGUACGUAACAGUAUCCUUCAACAGGCUCAGCCCAUGUCAGAAAAAGUCGCACAAGCCGAUCGUAUGCGUACGGCUGCACUUCAAGAGGCCGCUUACUUUAAGAGUAAGUAUUUAGCUCUGAAAUCGCGUCGCCAAGAAGAGAUUGAAACUCUUGAUAUAUCUCGUUGUGAUGAGCUCGAAAAGAGGUUGGCUGCUGCGUUGACAGAGAAUGAAUCUACCAGUAAAUUGUUGCAGCAGCUUCAAAAGAGAUCUCAGCAUGAUCAAACAUCUCGUGUGGCUACGGAAGAGCGUGCUAGAGAGGCACAAGAACGUGCAGAAGAAGCCCAGCAAGCACAUCAACGUGCUCUUGAAGAGUUACAGGUGGUCUACAGCAGAGCUACGAAGGCGGAGUUGCAAGUUCGGGAGAACGCUGUCAAGAUUGCAGAUUUAACUCAACAGUUGAGUGAUGCUUUGAUGGCACAACCUAUUGUCAAGAGUCAAGAAGUGACAGAAGCGCAAUUAAAGGCAUCGCAGUUGGAGGCCGCUAAUUUGAAGGCACGUAAUGAGACUGCGGGACUUAAACAAAGACUUGCUGAAAACAUGGAUGAAAUUGCUCGUCUUCGUACUGUUUUGAACGAACGAGAAGAUGCGCUUGGUGAGGCCAAGAUCCAUGUUGAAGACUGUGAGAUUCAGUUGAGUAUGAUGAGAGAAGCCAUGAACCAACAACAUCAAAAAAGUUCAGUAAAUGGAUUUUCACCUACUAGAGCCUAUUAA